AUGAGCAGUGAUGCUGCCUCUGUUUGCUCCGCACAUCAGCAGCGGAGCUCCUCUCCCCCUCUCAGUCAGACGGACUCAGGCUAGGCAGCGGCAGCGCGUCCGCCCGGAGACACCGAGACCACACACCGCAUAGCGUUACUCCCGGCUCAGCCCGAAACACAAUCACGGUCCUUCCUAAUGGAUGUCUCCUCUUAUACCGUCUUUUGACACUGGACGGUGCUCUCGUAGCCGCGUUCAACGUGAUCAACACCUCACCCCCGGCUUGGUUUUCUGAGGUUUGUCUCGACGACACACGGAGAGGACCACACUCCCCCCAUCGUUAGCUCGCUAAGCUAGCUGCUAGCCCGCUAACUUAGCUGUGACACUUUGAACCGUAUCGGCGUCAGUUUUCCUCCUCGUAGCUAGCCUGCGGUGUCUUGCGCCACAGCGGUGGAUUGAGGUGCCCUGUCACUCAAGGAGCAUGUUUGAGUGACGAGUGAAGGAGGAAGUGGGAUCUCUGACGCUCCGCCCCCUCUGCUGGUGGAGCACCCUGCACAUCUGACCAGAGACCCCUGUAGUCACUUGAACAGGAUGCGGAGGUUCGCCUACUGUAAGGUGGUUUUGGCCACCUCCCUGGUGUGGGUGAUGCUGGACAUGUUCAUUCUGCUCUACUUCAGCGAGUGCAACAAGUGUGACGAGAAGAAGGAGAGAGGACUGCCCGGGAGAGAAGAUUCCCUGGCUAGGCCACGGGACGGGCCCGGUGAAGGCGGGAAGCCUGUGGUUAUCCCCAAGGAGAACCAGGAGAAGAUGAAGGAGAUGUUUAAGAUCAACCAGUUCAACCUCAUGGCCUCUGAGAUGAUUGCUCUCAAUCGAACACUGCCUGACGUCCGCCUGGAAGGGUGCAAGAACAAGUUAUACCCUGAUAAUCUUCCUCGUACCAGCGUGGUGAUUGUAUUUCACAAUGAGGCAUGGAGCACACUGCUGCGAACCGUCCACUCCGUCAUCGACCGCUCUCCGCACACACUGCUGGAGGAGAUUGUCCUGGUGGACGAUGCAAGCGAGAGAGAUUUCCUAAAGCGGCCGCUGGAGCAGUACGUCAGAAGGCUGGAAGUCCCUGUCAGAGUGGUGAGGAUGGAGCAGCGGUCUGGGCUUAUUCGUGCUCGCCUCAAGGGAGCGUCCAUCUCCACUGGGCAGGUCAUCACCUUUCUGGAUGCUCAUUGUGAAUGCACAACAGGGUGGCUGGAGCCUCUGCUGGCCCGCAUCAAGCAAGACAAGAGAACAGUGGUGUGCCCCAUCAUCGACGUGAUCAGCGAUGAUACGUUCGAGUACAUGGCAGGAUCCGACAUGACGUACGGGGGCUUCAACUGGAAGCUCAACUUCCGCUGGUACCCUGUACCCCAGAGAGAGAUGGACCGCCGUAAAGGAGACCGCACUCUGCCUGUCAGGACUCCCACCAUGGCAGGCGGCUUGUUCUCCAUAGACAGAGAUUAUUUCCAGGAGAUUGGCACGUAUGACGCAGGCAUGGACAUCUGGGGUGGAGAGAACCUGGAAAUCUCUUUCAGAAUUUGGCAGUGCGGUGGGACUCUAGAGAUCGUCACAUGCUCUCAUGUGGGCCACGUGUUCAGAAAGGCAACACCCUACACAUUUCCAGGAGGAACGGGACAGAUCAUCAACAAAAACAACCGACGCCUGGCAGAAGUCUGGAUGGAUGAAUUUAAAAACUUCUUCUACAUCAUCUCUCCUGGUGUGACCAAAGUGGACUAUGGUGACAUCACGUCUCGCACGGCUCUGAGACAAAAGCUUCAAUGUAAACCCUUCAGCUGGUACUUGGAGAACGUCUACCCUGAUUCUCAGAUCCCCAGACACUAUUACUCCCUGGGAGAGAUCCGUAAUGUGGAGACCAACCAGUGCCUGGACAACAUGGCCCGCAAGGAGAAUGAGAAAGUUGGCAUCUUCAACUGCCACGGCAUGGGAGGCAACCAGGUUUUCUCGUACACGGCCAAUAAGGAGAUCAGGACAGACGACUUGUGUCUAGACGUGUCCAAGCUGAACGGACCUGUCAUGAUGCUCAAGUGCCAUCACCUAAAAGGCAACCAGCUCUGGGAGUACGACCCUGUGAAGUUGACCCUGGUCCACGUCAACAGUAACCAGUGUCUGGACAAGGCCAGCGAGGAGGACAGCCAGGUGCCCAGCGUCAAAGACUGCACACACACACGCUCCCAACAGUGGCUACUCCGCAACGUCACACUACCAGAAGCCUUCUGACCACACUCUGCACACUCACAAACGCACACACUCACACACACCGCGGCCCAGAGCAAGCAAUCAGGGGAACAGACGUGUUUAUUAAAAUUGGGCACAAGGAGAGGAAAGACUUCCCACGAGGGGAUUCGGGAAGAGAGGAGGACGGACUGGACGGUACUACCUCUGCCAGAGAUCAGAGGGAGGAGUGUGUUUGACCCUCCUCGGAGUGAGAGAAGAGGAAAGAGUCCCUCUAGGAGACGACGGCUGUUGUUUUACGUUUGUUUUUUGUUUUUUUUAUAAGAGAUUUUAACCGCAGUGAGGGACUCACUCGCUGGGCGCGACUGUAAAACUGACCAGUGGAGUGGAGGUUUGCACUCACAGCUUCCCUGGACAAAGCAGUCCACCCCUCAACUCAUCACUUAACGUUUACUGACUGCCUCUUAUGAGAGAGUGUGUGCACUUACAUGUUUGUGUGUGUGGCUGUGAAUGGGUGUGUGUACUCCGAGAUGAAUGUAUGCUUUGAGAAGGGGGCUGAAUUCCUUGUUGAUUUCUUUCUUUCUUUUUUAAUUUAAUUUUGUCAUGGAUUUUGAAAAUGAACUCUUAUGAAGAAGGGUGCAUAUGUAAGUGUGUGUGUGUGUGUGUGUGUGUGUGUGUCAGAGCCCCUCCUACAGUCUUGCGGCAGUGUAUGUCUCCCUCUGGUGUUUCUCCUCGGCAUCUCAUCCGACAGACUGAAGCCUCCUUGCUGAGGAAUUUCCAAGGGACCGCACAUUGAAACAAAAAAAAAAAAAAGGA